AUGCCCGCCGCCAGACUCGCCCUUGCCUGGUCUUCGCGCCUGAAUCCGUCUUACGCUACCACUUACUUGUCGCUCCCCCGGGGUCGGAAUCCGCCCGGGAGGCGCGCGCGCAAGCCGCGCCGCGAAGAGCCGCCGUCGCCGCCGUCGCGGGGACCCGCAGUUCCGCAGCGGCGCACGCCCCCCGCCCUGGCCGGCGCGGCCACGCGGCUGAGUCACUCGUUGCUUCACAUUAAAAGUCUCCUACGUGCGCAGGGCACGCCGGGAAGGCCGCGCUCAGGCGCCGGCCGGCCUCGGGGUCGCAAUGAAAAAAACACGAAGAAAAAACACAACGGCAUUGUUUGUGAACCUAAAGAAGUCUUGAAUCCCUCUCCCAAAGUAUCCAAUUGUUGCAAAUCAUUGCUGGUGAAAUACAGUUUUCAGAAGGCAUACAUGCCCCAACUUGUCAGCUCCCAGACUGUUUCGGCCAUGUCGAGGAACUCUGGUCACAAUUUGCCGUCUCAACCCAAGGAGAACAGCAUUGGCCAGAGCCAUGACCAGGAGGAAAUAAUCUACAAGUUGGCCAUGAAGCUGAAACACAUUGGGGACAGCGUCAAUCAUAGGAUGGUUCAAGAGGAUUUUCAACAGGAAGGCAGAGAUGCCCUGGCUCAUUUCGUCUUAUUUUUCUUCAGAAGAGUUCAUGUGUUGCUGCAAUUUUUCUGGAAUAAUCAUCUGAUGUAA